UGCAAAGACUUCGCGCGCGUUGUGGGGAUCAACUGAAAAACUUAAAAUAAGAAGCAACCUGUCAUGUCCUCUUUUUGUGCCAAAUUUGACAGCACAUCAAUUUAAAGAGGCUAAAACCUUUUCUCACAAGGAUGGCACCUGCACAGAACACGCAGUUGGAGCACAUAAUCAGUGAGGCGGUAAAGUCCGGAGAUGUCCGAGCACUGGAUGUGUUCUUGCAGAGGGAGAUUUAUGAAGAGACUCCCAUGAAAUGCUCUCAACAGUUUCUCAGCAAAUUGGAUAAACUUAUCUGUAGGGGUUUGGCUCAAAAAGACCCCAAAUUGGCCAGUCUGGGAUUUGCCAGUCUUUACAAGUGUGGAAAACACCUAAUACUACCUGGUGGUGACCAAGGACUUUUGGGGUUAAUAGCACAGGGUCUAAUAAAAAAGAUGGUGGAGUGGUUUGAAAAAUGCAGACAACUGUGGAUUCAGUGUGGGCUGCAGUGGGAUGAGAACUUAAUAAACCUCUCUGAAGACUUUUUAAAUGCUUUAACGGUGGUUCAUCAGGCAUGCGAAGAGGGGACAUACAAAAUCACUGAGUCCUUUCUGUAUCCUAUUGGCCAGUUGGCUGUUGACCCUAGAAACUACGUCCUGAUCCAGAAAGAGGCAAUUCGGAAAUUCAACUUAAUUCUGGAUAAAAUCCCAGUGGAACUUAAAAAAGACACGAAGAUCCUAAUGUCACAAGAGGCCUCUGAUAUCAUGAUCAAACUGGCUGAUCAUAUAAUGGAUGUUGGUGACUAUGACUUUCAGUCAUCCUUGAUGGAGGCAUUGUGCAGAAUGGCCACAACUGACCAGAGGAAGGAACUUGCAUAUAAAUGGUUCAGAAUGAGCCUUGUGGCCAGUGCAUUUGCCAAAAUACGUGAUUCUGAAUUUGAGACGGCUUGUCGUACAUUUCUAAACAUGGUGAAUGGGAUGCAGGGAGACAAGAGAAGGGUGUAUUCCUACCCUUGUUUGGAAGCUUAUCUGGACAGCAGUGAGCUGCUGAUGCCCUCGGAUGAGAAACUUGAGGAAUUCUGGAUUGACUUCAACCUCGGCAGCCACAGCAUCUCUUUUUACUUCUCCUUGGCUGAUGAAGAGGAUAGCCACUGGGAAACUAUAUGUCUCAAUGAGCAUGAAGUCCAAAGCUACACUGUAAAAGAGGAGGGUAAGAGGCAGGUCUUGCAGAUCAAGCUGUCAGAGGUGGUCAUUGUUGGUGCAGCUGAAGGAUCCACUCUUACGAUCCAUUUCAGCUCCUCGCUGGACAUCCUGCAGGCUGUGCAAAAUGUCUAUGGACACAGCAAAAAUAAAGGCUCAUCUGUAGUGAAAGCUACAGCUAGAUCUUUAAUGGAGAACAACACUCAGGUUGUUCCAGAGAGCCAGGUGUCUCUUGGUGAAAGUGAAAAAAGUACUGUCAACUACGUUUUACCUGCUACAGCUGCACCAGCACAGGUGGCCACUCCAGCCAAGAUGAAGAUUUCUGAGGCCACUGCCGUUUUUAGCAGCGGCGGAGCUGGAAGUGUGCAUCGUUCCUUCUCUCUUGCAUCAAACACUCCAGCCAAUGGCAUUGGAACAGAAAAGUCACCUCUUGAAGUGAGCACAGCCUCUAAACCGGCCAUCCAGAAUAAAGGUGACAAAUACAAAAAGAGCAUACCACUGAAAGAUGCUGUGAACAUGGUUCUGGCUGAACAAGGAGGAGAAAAAUCCAGAGAGGAGAAUUUUGUGCCUGACACCCAACCCCAAACUGGGAGUAACAUGGCUUCUAAUUGGCACAAAUUUUCAGUUUCAAAAAUGCUGAUGAUGCCAACACAGAAAACGAGUUCCCUGCCAAGAUCUGAACCUUGUUCAGCUAUGCUGCGUCCUCAGGAGCGCUCCUUAUCAUCGAAGUGGUCAGUUUCAGCCUCGAGCUCAGUCUGCCAAAAGCAACUGCAUAUCCAGCUCAGCGAGCGACUGCAGCAGGUCCUUAAGGAGAGGAACAAAGACUCUCCACCUCCUGAAGCAUCUGAUAUCAGAAGGGACUCGAAUGAAACAAAUGCAGAAGACCAGUAUGUUUCCUCAUUAUGUACUUCCAAGCCGCGACAUGCCCAGAGCAAUGGCCGUGCAAAAAGGAAGAGCAAGGGCCAGACGUCACUGGAGACUAGUGCUGUUCUCCAGACCUCCACAACUAAAACUCUAAAGGAGAAAAAAACACUCAAAUCUGAAACUGAAAGUAAGAGGGCUCAAUUAGACAAAGAAAAGAGAGACUCAGAGGCUGCAGGCAGCAUGGUGAAGCUCAUCUCUAGCCGCUAUAAGGAUAAUGGCCAAUCUAAAGAAAAACACACUUCUGAAAAGCUCACUCAGAACUGGUUUCCUUCUCUUGUCAACAGUAGAACAAUCUUCAAUAUGAGCUGGUUAUCAACUGGAAAAAGAGAAACAUCCAGAAACCCAAUUACAUCCUACAGCAGAACCAAAACAAACUCUGUGAGGCGGAGAGAUGACGUUUUUGCAUUCAGGACCAAUACACCCCUCAGUUCUGAGAAGGAGAACAUAAACACCUGUGGCAUACAGAGCAAUGGCAUCCACUCCCCAGUACUCCUCAGCACAACCAAGAAAGAGCAGCCUGUGGCGAAAAAGAAGGGGCAUGUAAAAAAGCACCUGUUUAGUGACAUAGACACAGAAAAUGCCACAACAGAUCUCAGCUGGCUGAGAGAGUCAGCCACAAAGUCCAAGCCCAAGGUUAUCAAAUACUCCAGGCAGGCGCCCAUCAAACCUAGACCUGUCCCACACCAUGCUUCUGUUGAAUCUCCAGAUUUAGUCCCAACCUUUCCAAGAGCUGGAUUGGGUAAUAACAAACCAACUCAGAAAAACGGGCGCAUGAAAAGGGACCUUGGUCAGCCAAAGGAGAGAGUAAAGCUAGCAGCAGCACCUAGCAGACGACAUGCAGCUAAGAGGCCCAAGAGAGUUGCAGCCGCCUCUACCAGAAGCUACAAAGAGCCAGAUACUGAUGACAGUCAGCCAGAAGAACCUGAGGAUCCUCCUGCUACCAAGUACUCAUUCUCUGCAAAAACUGUGGAAGUUCAUGCAACUCAAAAAAAAAAGAAAAAGACUGACAGCACCCAGCAAAUGGAAAACAAUAUAAACCCAUGCGCAAAGAAGCCAGCCACUUCCAAGAAAUAUUUUAUAGACCAGCAGAGGAAGCAUGAGAAAACCUCUGAGCGAGCAGCUGCUACCUACAGGAGAAAACGCAACAACAACCAGUCAGAUUUUAAAAAACCUUCUGUACUUAAGCAGAGGCCUGAAAAUGUUCCUCAAGAAACUUCAAAAUUGAAAAAGACAAAUGCCCAAGAACAGAUGAGUUCAUUGAAGGAUUCCUGGGUUACUUGCCAGACCUCUUUCUGUCCAUCCCCUCCUCUCAUGGAAAAGAUGAGAUCUGCUGAUAGGUCAGUCCCAACCUUGGAUUUGACCUGCUCCCCUCUUCUCACCCCGCGGGGAUCCCCGCUGCCUGCCUCCCCUAAGCCUUCUUGCCAAGACACCCCCUCGCCAGUCCUGCUGCUACCCAAACCUAAAGUCAGAAGUAAAGAAAUGUGCAAGUCUUCUUUCUACACUGCAGAAAAGAAUCAUGGCUCAUCCAAGACUCAUUCUAAGCAGUCUGUCCCUUCUCUCACUUCACUUGGAGGACAAAUCCCUGCACCUCCGACUGAACUUAGUGCAGCAAAGAUUAGUACAAUCGAACAGCAUCUUUCUUCAGCACCUCAUUCUCCUUUGUCCACUCGACCCCUGCUGACAUCCACACUCCUUGAGCUGGACAAACCACCCUUGCCUUCUCCUGCUCAGUCACCAUUUCCAAAUGACACAAUUAGCCAUGGCCACCGCUGUAGUUUGAGUAAUGUGUCUUCAAUAUCCCAGAUUUCACUAAGCUUAUCAUCUAUUAACUCAUCAGUACUCACCAGCAAAGUUAAGGACGGUCCCACUGUUGCCCUGGCUCUAUCUGUUAAAGCAGAGAUGACGCCACUGUCAGACCAAGAGUCAAAACUCGCACAGUCUCAUGUUUCAGGGCCCAGCCGCAAGCGCCACAUUUCCUUGUCUAGUGAUUCAGAGGACGAGGAGACAGAAGAGAGUAUGAGAAGCAAGAUGAGAGGGAAUCACUCUCCUCAUUUGAAGCCACGGAAAUUAUUCAAGUCGUUUGAGGUGCCUGCUGUGGAUGAGUUGAGCCAGGUGAAGUCUUCCUCUGGUCAUUGGGAGGGUGAAGUAACAGAUGGAGACGUGGACAUUGAUGAAGGUUUAGAUUUGCCAGAAAUUGCUGUAAACCCAAGAAACAUGUGUCAGCAGUUGAGCUCGGAGCUCAAGAAGAAGUUCCAGAAACGUUACAGCAUGAUGGAGCUUUACAACAAGCAGUCUUUGAAGACCGUCCAGCAACACGUCUCUUCCAUUAAUAUGCAAAUUACCAAAUGCAGGACUCAGAGGCUUAAACAGAUUCAGAAGGUCCUCCUGGAGGAGAUACACAAAUUGGAGCAGGAUGACACUGUGCUGAAAAACAUGGAUAAUGACCUCACUAUGUACUGGAAAAAACAGAUGACGGCUUUCCAUUCUUACCAGAAGCAGGAAAUCACAAGAAAUGAGCUCCUGAAGAGAGCGCUUCAGAGUAACACGUGCAACAGCUUGGAGUAUGAGGAGAGAAUAUUCACAUCUGAGAUGUGCACGAUCAGAAAAGACAUGAAGUCAGUUCAGGACAAAUUCCUCAGUGAGAUGCUGGAGGGAGAGCUCCAGAGAGUCAAGAAAGGACUGCAUGCUUUGUUCUUCCCCUGAUGAGGGAGCCGGGUUUGAGUUCAACACUGUCCCGGAACGCAAUAAAGCAGGUUGUGUGUUUCGUGCUGUCCUAGGCAGUUCUGCUGUGCUCAAAGUAUUUUCAUGCAGUGUUUAUUUUUCUGGAUUCUGCUUUGAUUCCAUGCAGAUGUCUUUGGUUUAUUCUAAUGGUGCUUUGUUCCAGUGUUUGGGAUUUUAUUGGAAAUGUUGUGUUCUGGUGUUAUUUUAUGGCUUUUAUAAAUUGAAUAAGUUUUGGUGUUAUUGUAAGCUCUGCCAUGCUAUUCAUUGACUUGACUCUAUUUUUAACCCUAAUUCUUGAUUUAUUCAUUGAAGCUUGUUAAGUACUAGAAAUGGUCAAGUAAACUUUCAAGAUCUUAAUUGUAUUGAUUGUUUUUUAAUAACUCCUCUACCAUAUUG